CACUUGACAGUAAACGUCAAAAAUAAAAAUAAUGAUAAAAUUGUAAAUUAAAAAUCAAAAAUUUACAGAAUUAUAAAUAAAUAACAACAUCCUGCCGUUAGUGCAUCUACACUUGCUUCAUUAUAAAUCUAUAAUAUCCUUUACUCUACAGUUUAAUUUCAUAAUGACCGAUGAAAGAAACUUUAGAUCAUCGUAUUACGAAAAAGUCGGAUGUCGAGGUGUUGAAGAAAAGAAAUCCUUAGAAAUAUUGAUGAAGGAAAAGCCUUGGGAUAAGGUUAAGUUGAAACAGUUCUGUUUGCGAUUCACUGUGCCCGCUGCUUAUAGAAAUUUAGUAUGGAAAGUGUUACUUGAUAUCCUUCCGGUCUAUGCUGACUCGCAUACCUUUGUAGCAGAGCAGAGAACAGAUCAAUAUAAUGAUAUGCUCUAUGCUGUGGAAGAUCUGGAACUGGUGGAUAUGAAAGCCCCUCGAAGCGAGAUUUUGCUGGCGAUGUGGCUGCUGGAAAAUGAGGAAAGGAAACCACCAAACUUCCCGGAGACUAAUUACUGUUCUGCAGAUACGUUCAUACCGAUAGCAAAUACUCUGCUAGAGCUAUAUGAAAACGAGGUUGAUGUUUACUGGCUCAGCAAAAUGUUGACGGAUGUUGUGUGGAACAUGCAGAAGGAACUGCCUCGCUUAAAGGAAGCCUUCCAAACCAUGCUGGAGAAGGAAGACGGAGAGUUGUACAAUCACCUGGUUGAAGUACAGGCUUUGGACAAGUUGCCUCUCACCAAGUGGUUCAACUGCUGUUUUGCUGGUAUCUUAGAUGAAACAUCCCUCACCAAAAUCUGGGAUAAAAUCUGCAGUGGUGCACCGAAGAUCCUGUCUUUUGUAGCUGUGAUGUUAGUUGUAACCCUGAGAAGAAACAUAUUAAAGGCAAAGACCGCUGAACAAGUAUUGAAAUGUGUGGCAGAGAUUCCUGAGCAAUGCGAGGAGGUAGUUGCCAAUAAGGCAAUAGAAUUAUGGCAGUACUACGCACAACCACAGAAUGACACUCUCGCUAAGAAAUGAUGUAUGACUUUCUAAUGAGGAGUCUCAUUAGAAAAUAAAUUGCUUCUAAACAGAUUGGUUUUAAACCAUGAACAAAGUGACUGUGACAGUAUUCGUGAUCUUGAAUCUAAAAUAUUGUUAGAAGUGUAGUUUGGGCGGUAUGAAAAGGUGUGAUCUUUGUAAGAAUUAUAAUAAACUUCAAUAAAUAUAUUGUUAGUGAUGUACAAAUAAUUUUAUUUGAAUUAUAUUUUAGAACACCUAUAACAUACUAACAAGUGAAUGUUUUAAGAAAUAAAAAAUAUGCUCUUAA